GUUAAAUCCUGUGUUUGUAUAAGUACGAUGUGUCUUAGCUAAUAUCAGUAUUUAAUGUGGCAAUAUGGUGGUUACAUAUAGACAAGUAUCCACACAUUGUGUUUUCUUGUUAUGCAAAAGCCGACUGUUGUUCAACAAAAAGAGUGUUGCUUGGACCAUUCGACUGAAAACAGAAACAGCUCACACAAAGUUAUUGAUUCACCCCUAUCCGAGGUUUAAAUUAGAGCAGCAAAAAAAGGACACAUUACACGAAAUGACAUUACCAAGUGCGGCUCGUGUGUACACAGAUGUGAAUGCGCACAAGCCAGAUGAAUAUUGGGACUACGAGAAUUAUGUUGUUGAUUGGGGCAAUCAAGACGAUUACCAAUUGGUCCGAAAAUUAGGGCGUGGAAAGUAUUCUGAGGUAUUCGAGGCUAUAAAUAUUACAACCACAGAAAAGUGUGUUGUGAAAAUUCUAAAACCUGUGAAAAAGAAGAAGAUAAAGCGUGAAAUUAAAAUUUUGGAGAACUUGCGUGGCGGAACCAAUAUAAUAACACUGUUAGCCGUUGUAAAGGAUCCAGUUUCUCGGACCCCGGCGCUAAUUUUCGAACAUGUUAAUAAUACGGAUUUUAAGCAACUUUACCAAACAUUAACUGAUUAUGAGAUUCGCUAUUAUUUGUUUGAGCUUCUAAAGGCACUUGACUACUGUCACAGCAUGGGAAUAAUGCAUCGCGAUGUAAAGCCCCAUAAUGUUAUGAUCGAUCAUGAAAAUAGAAAAUUGCGCCUUAUAGAUUGGGGUCUUGCGGAGUUUUAUCAUCCUGGGCAAGAGUAUAAUGUUCGUGUGGCGUCCAGAUACUUUAAAGGUCCCGAGUUGCUGGUAGAUUACCAAAUGUACGAUUAUUCACUUGAUAUGUGGUCAUUAGGAUGUAUGUUGGCAUCCAUGAUAUUUCGAAAAGAGCCGUUCUUCCAUGGACACGACAAUUAUGAUCAGUUAGUACGCAUUGCUAAGGUGCUGGGCACUGAAGAACUUUACGCGUAUUUAGAUAAAUACAAUAUUGACCUAGAUCCAAGAUUUCACGACAUUCUACAACGGCACUCCCGAAAGCGAUGGGAAAGGUUUGUUCAUUCAGACAACCAACAUCUAGUUUCUCCUGAAGCACUAGACUUUCUUGAUAAAUUAUUACGCUAUGAUCAUGUUGACCGACUCACUGCUCGCGAAGCUAUGGCUCAUCCAUAUUUUUUACCUAUCGUCAAUGGACAAAUGAAUCCCAAUAAUCAGCAAUAAGUGGUUAUUUCAUUAUUACAAAUACUGUAUUUUCGAAAACGGGAUAGCAGCCAUUAAACAUUUAUGAUAAUAAUUAUGAAAAAUAUAAAAUCAGAAGAGAAAUAAAAUAUAAUAAGCUACUGUCUUAAAAAACUAUUGAUUAACUGUUUGUAGAGGAAAUAAACACGAAAGUUAAAUAACUUCUCACAGUGAAA